UCACCACUCAUGCCAGUCUCAACACACCCUCGCCGUUGCCCUCUUCACUCGGACUAGGCGCGACGCAUACAACCUACUCAGCUACUCACGCACGGCUUAGCGCCCUCGUCUCGUCAGACUCGACUAUCAUGGCACUCUCCUCUGACAUCGCCGCCCGCGCUGCCGCGGGGAAGACGCCCAUCCCGCCCAAGAAGAUGCGAGGACCGUACGCCGCGUUCAACAUCGCCGCACUCGGUAUCGUCGUCGUUGCGGGCGCAUAUAUCGGUUCCGAGCAUAUGCCAAGUAUUCCCGACAUCAACAAGUAUUGGAGCAGGCUGCGGAAAGGCGGAGGUGGCGAAGGCGGUGGGCCGGCAUGAGGGGGGUCUAGUAGCAAAAACAAAGCAGCAGGCAAUGCAUUUGCGGCAACGCACGACUGCCUAAUUGGGGGUGAACGACCAACUCACGCCGAGCGUCUAGAGAUCUAGAGAGAUGUCGGCCACCCAAGUGGCAUGUGUCUCGGAGCGGGCUCGACGAUCGACGAAGAGAAGAAAGGGUCAAAGCAGAGCAGGAGAAGAGGCUCAGUGUGCGUGUGGCCUGCUGAUGGCGCUUGAAGAAUGCUGCGCUCGCUACGUUCGUACGUUCACAAACUGAAUCGCCAAGCCAUCAUGGAUCAUGGAAAUGUGGUGAUGGCAUGAUGGCACACGGUAGGGCGAGCGCAUGAGCGAGCCACCUUCCUCGCCGCCCU